AUGGCGAGGAGCCCCCUCCACGUUCUGCUGUACGUCCUCGCCACGGUGGCCGUGGCCGCGGCCGCGGCAGCGGAAACGGCGGUGCACAAGCCGCCGCCGACCACCAACGUCACCUCCGACGAGGAGUACUGGGCGAAGCGCGCCGAGGAGGCCCGCGCGUACAGCCGCGCCGCGUACGUCGCCGAUCCCGUCGCCGAACUCAACCGCUUCAACCAGGACGUGCAGCGCGCCACGGCGCGCCGUUCCCUCGCCCGUUACCGCGGCCCCUGCCUGGCCACCAACCCCAUCGACCGGUGCUGGCGCUGCCGCUCCAACUGGGCCAGCGACCGCCAGCGCCUCGCCACCUGCGCCCGCGGCUUCGGCCACAGCGCCAUGGGCGGCGCCGGCGGCAGGACGUACGUGGUGACCGAUCCCAGCGACGACGAGCUCAUCAUCCCCAAGAAGGGCACGCUCCGGUACGGCGUGAUCCAGGACCGCGCCCUGUGGAUCGUCUUCGCACGCUCCAUGGUGAUCAAGCUCUCCCAGGAGCUCAUCGUGAACAGCAACAAGACCAUCGACGGGCGGGGCGCGCAGGUGCACAUCACGGGCGCGCAGAUCACGCUGCAGGGGGUGAAGCACGUGAUCAUCCACGGCGUGCGCAUCCACCACUCCGUCCCGCACUCCGGCGGCAUGAUCCGCGACUCCAAGCACCACUACGGGCACCGCACGCGCAGCGACGGCGACGGGAUCUCCAUCCUCUCCUCCAGCAACAUCUGGAUCGACCACGUCUCCAUGUGGAGCUGCGCGGACGGGCUGAUCGACGUGGUGAGCGGCUCCACCGCCAUCACCGUGUCCAACAGCCACUUCACCAAGCACGACCACGUGAUGCUCUUCGGCGCCAGCAACUCGGAGACCCAGGACGCCAUGAUGCAGAUCACGGUGGCGUUCAACCACUUCGGCAAGGGGCUGGUGCAGCGGAUGCCCAGGUGCAGGUUCGGCUUCUUCCACGUGGUGAACAACGACUACACGCACUGGCAGAUGUACGCCAUCGGCGGCAACCGGGACCCCACCAUCAUCAGCCAGGGGAACCGCUUCAUCGCGCCCGACGACGGCAACGCCAAGGAGGUGACCAAGCGGGAGUACGCGCCCUACAGCGAGUACAAGGACUGGGUGUGGAAGUCGCAGGGGGACGUCAUGAUGAAUGGGGCCUUCUUCAACGAGUCCGGCGGCCAGAACGAGCGCAGGUACGGCCAGAUGGACUUCAUUCCGGCCAAGAACGGCAAGUAUGUCGGAAAGCUCACGCAGUUCGCCGGCACGCUAGGAUGCCGCGUCGGCAAGCCGUGCUGA